GUUGUAUCACAUAUCUUUUUUAUCUCCUCCAGCUGAAAUUUAUUUUGUAAAUACACAAAUCGACCUAAACAAUUUUUUUUUUCUUUUUUAUUUUUUUCUUUCUCUUUCUUUCGUUUUCUUUUCUUUUCUUUUCACUAUUUUAAAUAAAAAAAAAAGUCACCUCAUUUUUUAUUAUCAUUAUUAUUAUAUAGCUGUGUCAGUAAUAGUUGAUAUUAUUAUUUGUUACAAUGAUGACCCAUUCAAGUUCUUUGGCAACUGAAACUAAUCUUGCCAUACAAGCCAACAAUCCUGAUACUUACGUUGUUUCUGCUGUUGGUGCAGUAGGUACAGGUAAAUCUAGUUUACUAAAUGCUAUUGCUGGAUCUCAAAUAUUUGCUACUGGUAGUUCAACAGCUACUACACAAACUGUACGCGGUGAAGUACGUCCUUGGGCUUUUGUUCCUGGAAAACGAUAUGUUCAUUUGAUUGAUACACCUGGAUUAUGUGAUUCUAAUGCUCAAGAUAGACAAACCGUAUCAGAAAUGGUUCGUUAUUUCAAAUCAUUGGCAAAUGGUGUUAGUGCUUUUUUGUUGGUCUUCAAUAUCAAUGAUAUCCGAUUGGACGCUUAUACUCAAACCAUGUUACGACUCUUUGAAGCAUUACUGGGAAGACAUUUUUGGAAUUUCGUGGUUAUUGUAUUUACACAUGUGGAUGAAGAAAAUCGAGAUGAAUUAGAAGAACAUAUGGAAGCUGUGAAUGAUCCUCAAGAGGGUUUUAUUGCUGAAAUUCGUCGAAUUCACAACUUGCCAGCUCGUACUUUUGUCCCUAGUGUGAUCUUUACUUCAACUCAAAAUGUUCGAAUGAGUUCUUAUACUCAAAAACAUAUGAAAGAUAUUUACAAUGCUGUGGUAUUAUGCGAAACUAGAAAUAAUCAUCGACGAUUCACUUGUACUUGGCUCCGACGUAUCUUGACCAUCCCUAAUGAAGAAGAAAAAUCGACUUUUAUCAGUAAUAGUAUCAAGGAAGCUUGGGCCUCAAUGACAUCCUCUGUCUGUUCUACUCAAUGAUCAAUCAUAUGUAUCUCUCUCUCUCUCUUUUAUUUUUUAUUUUGCUUUGUUUUGGUCAAGUCAUGCAUUAUGGGUGGCUCGUAUUCUGAAUUAACCAAUUCCUAGGAUUGUAUAUAUAUAUGAAUGGGUGUUCUUUUUUUGGUCUUUUUUUUAUGGAAUAAAUAUGUUGUAUUGUCUAUUUUA